AGUCACGACUUUCACCUCACGUUUGCAGAAAAAUUGUAAAAAGUGUUUUUGCUCACAAAUUUUUCGUGAAAAUCAAGGGAAUCAAAGAGAAUGCCUAUUUUUGAGGAAAUUAAGUCUUCUUGGGCCGAUGAGGUGGAAUUGGAGUCUGGAUCACUUCCUCCACCAUCUGAGGUAUUUGAGAAUGGCAAUAAGAUUGUCACAGAAUAUAAAUUCAACGAUGACGACAAGAAGUGCAAGGUGGUACGCACGUACAAGAUCAGUAAGCAAGUUGUGCCACGCAGUGUUGCCCGGAGGAAGACUUUAACCAAGUUUGGUGAUUCAACCAAGGAUAAACCCGGUCCAAAUCCACAUACCACAAUGGUGGGUGAGGAUACUUACAUGCAAUUCAUCACGAAUAAGGAGGAAGAGAAAUCUGCUGACAACAUGCUGGAUCCAAUGAAGAGCAUUGCCAAGUGUCGUAUUUGCAAUGGGGAACAUUGGUCAGUGAACUGUCCUUUCAAGGGCACACUCAUGGACACGGGAAAAUUGAUGGAUGCCAAACAGCCUACGAGCACUGGACCAGAACCUACUGGUUCCAAGACCGGCAAAUAUGUGCCGCCUUUCAUGAAGGACAAUCAAAAGGGUCUAACAAUGCGUGGCCGAGAUGACACUACAGCAAUUCGUAUUUCCAACUUGUCCGAAUCCAUGGUAGAGUCUGAUCUGGAGGACCUUGUAAAGAAGUUUGGACCACACAACAAGAUGUAUUUGGCCAGGGAUAAGAAUACUGGUCUGUGCAAGGGAUUUGCGUAUGUGCACUUCAAACAGCGCAAAGAUGCAGCUAGUGCUAUUCAAGAGCUCAAUGGACACGGUUAUGAUCACCUCAUUCUCAAUGCUGAAUGGUCCAAACCCCAGAAUAAUAACUAAGCGUAUGUAUAACCAUUUAUUCCCAAUUCACUAUCUUGAAAAUAAAUCAAUCGCUAGUGAUGUCGAAAAA